CUGGGGCUGGCCGCGCCGGAAGGCGCCGGCGGCGGUAGCAGAGCGGAGGGGGAGCACGGGCGCUGCGGGAGAUCGCCUAGCACUAUCUGGUUUGAGAUGGGGUCCCAAGUAUCAGUGGACACAGGAGCUCUGCAUGUGGUGAUUGUGGGCGGAGGCUUCGGCGGGAUUGCAGCUGCCAGCCAGCUGCAGGCACUAAACAUCCCCUUUAUGCUGGUGGACAUGAAGGACUCCUUCCACCACAAUGUGGCAGCCCUCCGAGCCUCUGUGGAGAGUGGCUUCGCCAAAAAGACAUUCAUUUCGUAUUCAGUGACCUUCAAGGACAACUUCCGGCAGGGCCAGGUGGUUGGGAUCAACCUGAAGAAUCAGACGGUGCUGUUGCAGGGUGGCGAGGCCCUGCCCUUCUCCCAUCUUAUCCUGGCUACCGGCAGCACCGGGCCCUUCCCAGGCAAAUGUAAUGUGUUUUGCCAGCAGGCUGCCAUCCAGGCCUAUGAGGACAUGGUGAAGCAGGUCCAGAAAUCACAGUUCAUCGUGGUGGUGGGAGGCGGCUCUGCGGGAGUGGAGAUGGCAGCGGAAAUUAAGACGGAGUACCCUGAGAAAGAGGUCACUCUCAUUCACUCCCAAGUGGCCCUGGCUGACAAUGAGCUCCUUCUCUGUGUGCGGCAGGAAGUGAAGGAGAUCCUCCUCCGGAAGGGUGUCCAGCUACUGCUGAGUGAGCGGGUGAUCAACCUGGAGGAGCUGCCCCUCAAUGAGUAUCGGGAGUACAUCAAGGUGCAGACAGACAAGGGCACGGAGGUGGCCACCAACCUGGUGAUUCUCUGCAGCGGUGUCAAGAUCAACAACUCUGCCUACUGCAGUGCCUUUGAGAGCCGACUGGCUGGCAAUGGUUCCCUGAGAGUGAAUGAGUUCCUGCAGGUGGAGGGCUGCAGCAAUAUCUAUGCCAUUGGUGACUGUGCCGAUGUGAAGGAGCCCAAGAUGGCCUAUCACGCUGGCCUCCAUGCUAAUGUUGUUGUGGCCAACAUCAUCAACUCCAUAAAACAGAGGCCCCUCAAGGCCUACAAACCAGGUGCCCUGACCUUCCUCCUGACCAUGGGCAGAAAUGAUGGUGUAGGCCAGAUCAGCGGCUUCUACGUGGGCCGACUCAUGGUCCGGCUGGCUAAGAGCAGAGACCUGUUCAUCUCUACCAGCUGGAAAACCAUGCGGCAGUCUCCACCUUGACAGGGGCGAGGGGCAGGUGGGAGACACAGCGAGGCCUCACAUGUGCCACAGGCCUCUUGGCAAAGGGCAGAGAAGCUCUUUGUCUGGAGUAAAAUGUGAUACUGUCUUGUCUGAAAGAAUUACUUGUAUGAAACCAAAAAAUGAGAGAGAGUAGAGAGAGGAGCAUUAAAGAAAGAACUGUUUAGAAGGUGUGUUUGCUGUUGAGCUGGCAAGGUGUUGGGGAGGGCUCAGGCAGCUUUCUGCCCUCAGGCUCCUGUGCAAUGUGCGUGUGUUGGGGCUUGGGUGUGGUGUUCAGGGUAUGGCUCCUGGGGGCUGCCAUCCUGUCUGAAGACCAGAAGGAGAGCCUGCAGGUGGGAACAGCUAAGAAAGUGAGCUGUCCUGCACCCCAAGCCUUUCCUCAGACAGGGCUGAGGAAGCUCAGACCUCCCACGAUAAGCAGGUUGUUAAGCCUUAUUGUAAACUCUAGUUUUGGGUUAGUGUUUGUGCUUUAUAUUUUUGACACUGUGGCUCAAGCCACCCUCCUGUCUCAGUCUCCUCAGUUGCUGGGAUUACAGGUAUAUACCACUGAACCUGACUAGUCCCUACCUUCCUUCAUCUUUGUGAACGUUUCUAUUUCUCCUGUUUUCAAUCCCAACUCUACACCAUAGGCAUACUUGAGAAGAGCUACACAGAGUGUGCUUCUGGCUAGCACACUGGUGAGGUGUUAGAAGCUGGGCGGGCUGCUGGGGUAGUUAAGGAAAAGCAGCAGAUGACCCAUGAGGAGGUGCCAUCGAGGGCCUGCAGGGAGCAGAGGAACCAGCAGGGGACUCUAAUGUUGCUUGGAAAUUCAACUUGUAUAAAAUGACAAUGAGCAAGAACUAAGAGGGGAAGUUAGAAACAGAUGAGUGAGACUUAGAGGCAAAUUUGUGUGAAGUGUCAGUAAUUCUAGGAGAGGGGAAGAGAAUCCCAGGGACUUUUGGUUUUAUGCUUCUGUUUUCCUGGUCAACCCAUGUCCCUGGUUUGUAUGCUCAGCCUGGUUGGUGGCAGUAAUGUCUCGCACUGUCUCAGCUACAAGUAACUUCCGUAUUUGAGAGAGACCUGAUAUGGAGAAGCCUCUUUUAGGAUGCCUUAGCUAAAUGGAGAUCAUCUGAAUAAAUUCAGGCCUGGUUCUGCGCAUCCCUGCUUGCUUUUGAUGGUUGUCUUCGGCAGUCUUUUGGGCACCAGCCUCACCGGUUCUUAGCCAUCCCAUUUGGGCUGUAGCUUAGCUUUGUUGCAUUUAUAUAAGUUAUUAUUAUUUUUUUAAUGGUAGUAGGGUUUGUCAGAGUUUUGUGCAUGGUAGGAUGGUCCAAACUGCAGUCCUCCAGAUUUUAGCCUCCUGAGUAGCUAGGAUCACAUGUGUGAGUCACUGGUGCCCAGCAAGUCUGUUUCAUUUAGCUGCCCAGGUCUCAGUGAAACUUGUGCCUCUGUCCCAGAGGAUGGCAGCUCACAUGUGGCUUUGUCCACAGCUUUGCUCUUGAGACCCCAUCCAGCAGGCUUCUACCCAGAGGCAAGGCUUACUGCGUGUGUGUGUGUGUGUGUGUGUGUGUGUGUGUGUGUGUGU